AUGUGGCGUCUGUUAGUGUGCUUGCUGUAUUGUCAGUGGCUUGUCCCAAGCAGCCAAGCACUGGGAAAAAGCGAAGAAAUUGCUGCCACAGAGUGGAGUCCACGCAGUCUGGGAAGAAUGUUGCAACAUUGUCUGAGUGCAGCGGAAAAGUGGCAAUGUCUGAACACCGAAGGCGAACGUUUGUUGGAUGCAGCUGCUCUAGACAACAGCACUUGGCAACUGAGCGAGUAUCUCAGCAUAGAGCCACAAAAUACUGCAGGACCAAGUGGUGAAUCGAAGAAUGCAAGGAGUGUGGCAGGAUUGGCUGGCAAGUUGCUUCAGCUGGCACAGGGACGAGCGUUGCGUAUGCGACUGCCCAGACAGUUAACCAUUUCGAAUGCCAUCGAUGAGUUUGGGAAUGAGCUGGGCAUGGAUCAAGGUCGCAAGAAGAAGGACAAAGAUAAGCACAUGGCCAUGAUGGGUGGCAUGAUCAUGUUGGCAACCUUUGCGCAAAUGUUCCUUGGCAAGGUCAUCCUCAUCGCCGGCUCGGCCUUCAUUAUGGCCAAAAUCGCACUGGCCAUAUCGCUGCUGGGCAGUCUAAAAAAGGGUACGACUGGACACAGUGGUAGCCCGGAGCAUGUGAUUGUCACCAAUUCGGGCCACAGUCACGAGAGCGGCUGGCACCGCAGCAUGCCCACUCACAGCUAUAGUCCUGCACAGCUGGAGACGGCGCCGGAGGAUUCGAGAGAUGGCCAGGAGCAGGCCUACUAUGCCUACGAGACGGAGCAGCUGAAUCGUCGUCAUUUGGCAGCAGCUACAAAAACAACAACGAGUAAUGCACAAGAGGCGGCAGUUGAAAUGCCCAGAAGUGGUUUUCUCUAG